AUCCGGCCAGAUGUCAGAAGUGGGUGGAGAAUUGUAGGAGAGCCGACGUAGAAGAUAAAACACCUGAUCAACUAAAUAAGCAUUAUCGAUUGUGUGCCAAACACUUUGAGACCUCUAUGAUCUGUAGAACUAGUCCUUAUAGAACAGUUCUUCGAGAUAACGCAAUACCAACAAUAUUUGAUCUUACCAGUCAUUUGAACAAUCCUCACAGUAGACACAGAAAGCGAAUAAAAGAAUUGAGUGAAGAUGAAAUCAGGACACUGAAACAGAAAAAAAAAAACAGUGAAGAAAAAGGCAAGGAACUGAAGGAAAUUUGCCAUUCUCAGUGGACACUCAGGCAUGAUGCGUUUGAAAUUCUCGUGGACCUUCUGCAAGCACUUGUUUUGUGUGUAGAUGGUAUAAACAGUGACACAAACAUUAGGUGGAAUAACUGCAUAGCUGGCCGAGCAUUUGUACUCUGUAGUGCAGUCACAGAUUUUGAUUUCAUUGUCACCAUUGUUGUUCUUAAAAAUGUCUUAUCUUUUACAAGAGCCUUUGGGAAAAAUCUCCAGGGGCAAACUUCUGAUGUCUUCUUUGCAGCCAGUAGCUUGACCGCAGUCCUGCAUUCGCUGAAUGAAGUGAUGGAAAAUAUUGAAAUGUAUCAUGAAUUUUGGUUUGAGGAAGCCACAAACUUGGCAACCAAGCUUGAUAUUCAAAUGAAGCUCCCUGGGAAAUUCCACAGAGCGCAGCAAGGCAACCUGGAGUCUCAGCUAACUUCUGAGAGUUACUAUAAAGAAACCCUGAGUGUUCCUACAGUGGAGCACAUCAUUCAGGAACUUAAAGAUAUAUUCUCAGAGCAGCACCUCAAAGCUCUUAAAUGCUUAUCUCUGGUACCAUCGGUCAUGGGACAGCUGAAAUUCAACACACCAGAGGAGCACCAUGCUGACAUGUACAGAAGUGACUUACCCAACCCCGACACUCUCUCAGCAGAGCUUCAUUGUUGGAGAAUAAAAUGGAAACACAGAGGCAAAGAUAUAGCGCUUCCAUCCACCAUUUAUGAAGCUCUCCAUCUGCCUGAUAUCAAAUUUUUUCCUAAUGUGUAUGCCUUACUGAAGGUGCUGUGUAUCCUUCCUGUGAUGAAGGUGGAGAACGAGCACUAUGAAAAUGGACGAAAGCGUCUCAAAGCAUACUUGAGGAACACUUUAACAGACCAAAGGUCGAGUAACUUGGCUUUGCUUAAUAUAAAUUUUGAUAUAAAACAUGAUCUAGAUUUAAUGGUGGAUACAUACAUCAAACUCUAUACAUCUAAAUCAGAGCUUCCCACAGAUAAUUCAGAACCCAUUGAAAAUACUUGAGAGACUUUAAAAACAGACUUCCUCUUGUAGGCUACUUAAUCAAUGAAUACCCUUGCCUGUAGGUCUCCCAUUGAAUAGGUUAGCCAUUGAUAAUCUCCCUAAUUAAAUGGCUCCUGUUAAACUCCCAUGCUCAGACAACCUCUUAGUUCUUCCAGAAGGUGGUAUUGGAAGUGCCACAUUCCACUUCUGUGUCUCUGGUAGUGGCACCUGGAAUUAUUUCAAUUAAGUCACUUUACAAAUAGCAUUUAUUAUCACUGUUGAUCCAGUUGUCAGGUUUGAAUUAGCAAUGUUUUGAAGAAAUAAAUUUUCAGGAUGUGUGGGAGAAAGGAAUAGAUUUUAAGAAAUUUACAAUGACGCCCACAAUUGACCUUUGACUAAUAAGAGUUUUGACUAAUAGGAGUUAAAACUCUGAAAUGGACAAUUACCUGAGAGAAGUUAGUGAUCUUACCACACAAGGAUUUCAGUGUAAAUUUUGUCUUGAUCAAAUGAAUCCUAAAGGAGUAAGUUAGCAGUGGAGGAACCUGCCAUUGUCAUUCCGCAUCUGGCUGUUGCUGUUUACAUUCCUUUGCUGAGCCUAUAUCUUGUUUGCAGGUUUAUGUCAGACACUCGUGUGUAAUGGUCAAGACAGUGUCAGAGGCCGUGGAUACUGAAAACUGACUUACCUGUUUUCUUCUGACUUCUUCCAUGACUCUGCUGCCUUGUCUUGAUUUAUAAGCAAAACCUGGAAAACCUACAAAAAUAAGUGUUUGUGGUUUAUCUAGAAAUAAUACAGAAAAUAUUGCUGUUAUUUUUGGUGAAGAAAA